CCUGUGCUCCCCUUUUCCCCUCAGGAUCGUGUCUUUUGGGUGGAAAAAGGGGGAGUUUUUGUCCCCCUGCAAAGCCUCUGCCAGCAGCAGAAGGAGCCGGGCAAGCGGCGGGCUGUACAGGCAGCAUCGCUCCCGAGUGCCGCUCCUGCCUGCAGGAGGUGUAAUGAGUGCACUGGCCUCAGCCAGGGGAGCGGGACCAGGCUUUUGCUUGCUGUGAGGACACAGCGAGGUGCUGGGGGCUCGGCGAUGUGCCAGGGACAUGGCGAGGCGACCGCUGAGCGGAAGCAUGGUGGGUUUUGGGCUGGGGGUCCCUGCCCAAAGCCCCGGGAGCUGGGGGGGCAGUGUGUGCCCUGCCGGGGAGACCAUCCUCGGGGCGGCCGAAGCAGCAUGUCCAGCCCGGCGCCGGCGCGGCAGCUUUCCUUACAAGGAGUUUGGCUGGGGCCUGAGCGGCAGGAGCCGUGCUCGCCUCCGCCUGCCUCAUUCAUCGGCAGCCCCAGCGGCGCAGGGGCCGCCGCUCCCCCAGCCCUGGCCCCGGCCUCGGCGCCCGCACACCCCAGCGAGCCCCUCGUCUCCUCCAGCAGCGGGUUUUAAGGCUGGGGCACCCCAGGAGCCAGGCAGCGAGAAGGUCCCCAUCCAGUACAGCACCGGGUGCCCCACAUCCCCCCUGCUCUCUCCUGCAGGACGGAGGAUGUCCUCGAUGUUCGGCAAACCCCGAGCCGGUGGCGAGCGGCCACCCCAGAGCCCCCUCGCCGAGUGCAAUGUGGCCAUCCUGGGGUGCCGAGGGGCUGGCAAGUCAGCCCUGACCGUGAAGUUUCUAACCAAGAGGUUCAUAAGCGAAUAUGAUCCGAACUUGGAGGACACCUACACCUCGGAGGAGCUGGUGGACCAGCAGCCCGUGCUGCUGAAGGUGAUGGACACCGCCGACCAGGAUGGCCCCGGGAACUGCGAGCGCUACCUGUGCUGGGCCAGCGCCUUCCUCGUUGUCUACAGCAUCAAUGAUAGGAAGAGCUUUGAGGGCUGCCAGAGCUACCUGGAGGUCCUUGCCCUGCACGCGAGGGGCUGCCAACGCCGCUACCCCGUGCUCCUGCUGGGCAACAAGCUGGACAUGGAGCAGUACAGCACCCUGAGGGAUGCUGCACCCGUCCCCUCCGCUCUCGCCAGGCAAGUGCCCGCAGCCGAAGGGAUGUCGCUGGCAAGCAGGUUCGGGUGUCUCUUCUACGAAGUGUCGGCGUGCCAGGACUUUGUGGGGGUGCAGCACGUCUUCCAUGAAGCCGUGCGGGAGGUGCGGCGCCAGGCGGAGCGGAGCCUGCCUGUCCGGCCGCUCUUCAUCACCGAGGAACGUCCCUGCCCGCCGGUGGCCAUGCCGGUCGCCCUGCCCACCCGCCACGGCUUGGCCAGCUGCACCUUCAACACCCUCUCCACCGUCAACUACAAGGAGAUCCCCUCGGUGGCCCAGGCCAAGCUGGUCACUGUCAAGUCUUCACGGGCUCAGAGCAAGAGGAAAGCUCCCACACUCACCUUGCUGAAAGGCUUCAAGAUAUUUUAGGACGCAUCCCUGCGGGCUGUGGAAGGGGCAGUGAGAGACCCCCCGGCUCCGCAAGGGAUGAAACCAUUCACGACAGACUCACGGGCAUGGCAGCAGCCGCUGGCAGACGGUGGCCCCGGUCUCCAUGCCGGGGCGAAGCCUGUGAUGGCAAUUUGGUGAGCAGACAGGGUGCCGAGAGUCCAAGAUCGGCUGUGGCAUCAUUCUGCCUGCCCCCGCCCCGGCUCUCAUCCCCCAUGGCCAAGCCCUGCUUCGGUGUUUGCCCCAUCCUGUGGCCGGCAGCGGGGGCCAGCCCGGCUUUCCGUGCUCAUCCAGGCAGCUCCCAGAGCAGCUGGAACCGUGGGCACCACCUGGAGGGUGAGGGCUGUUCCCAGGGCCCCCCAGCUGGCUUGGGCGCCUGGCACACAGCGAUGGGUGGCUGGGAAGGGGGAAUUAAUCGUUAAUCAGGCACGGAGGCACCCAUCUCAUUUGUCUCAUGGCUCCCCUGUCCGAGCAAUAAGUAGGAGGAAUUUUUAUUUUUUUUUAAUCCAAAGGAGAAAGGUGCAGAUAUUUUUUCAGCUGACUAAAGGCCUCAGGUGUCCUGAAAGUGAUUCCCACGCAUCGAAAUAAGUCAUACCAAAAUAGCUGGUUUUUUAAUCAACUUUUUACACUAUAGUGUUCCUUUUCAAAGGCUUUGCAAGGAGAUGCUUCACUGACAGGGACACGCUCUGAGAAGCCUUUGUUUAAAAGACUGACGUAUUUCCAAAAAUGUCUUAAAUUAUUUCAUGGCUUCUACAUGUGCCCGGUGAAGAGCGUGAAGUGAAUCCUAAAGGAGAGCAGGCUCUACCCGUGCCCAAGCCUGGGCCAAUGGCUGUGCGUUCAAUUUCAUUUGCUGUAUCAGGUUAAAUGUUUUGCUUCUCCCUGGAGUUGCAGUUACUCUGCAGAGUAAAAUAUCCACGUGUAUAUUUGUACAUAUAUACAUAUAUAUAUAUAUAUGACCUUACUGAUGGAGAGAGAGAUUCAAUAUGGGAUUUUGAUCAACCACUUUGGAAAAUAUUUUAAUAAAGAUGAUUUCUGACAAGAACAAAA